ACGAUGUUAAUGCAGCCCUAGUUCUAGGUAUAUCGAUUAACAUUGAAAGUAAACAAACUAGAAACCGCGCGUAAAAUGGAAGUUGUAGAAAUUAAGACUGAAAAUGAAACAAAAGUUAAAAUUGAAGAGCCACAGGAUGAGGACAGCAAGGAGAACAUUGAUAGAAUCAACUCGUUAAAGUCACUUGGGCCGUUUAUUGCGGGCCGUGUAAACAGUCAGAAUACGAUAUAUUUGAGCGAUGUGCCGGAUAUUUGCAAGGAUAAACCGUGUAUGCUGGGCGUAGAUGAGGCGGGGCGUGGCCCGGUGCUGGGUCCCAUGGUAUAUGGCAUCUCCUACUGUCCGCUAGAGAGUAAAUCGGCGCUGAAUGAACUCGGCUGUGCGGACUCCAAACAAUUGACGGAGGAAAAGCGGGAAAUCAUCUUCAAUGAGUUGAAUACAUUGGAGUACGCUAAAAGCUGCGUCGGUUGGGCGGUGGAAAUCAUUUCGCCCAAUGUGAUUUGCACGAGUAUGUAUCGACGCACCAAGUGCUCGUUAAACGAGGUAUCUAUGGACUCUGCCAUGGGUCUAAUUCAGCAGGCAAUCGAUGCGGGCGUCAACAUUGCCGAGGUUUAUGUGGACACCGUUGGUCCGCCCGAGAAAUAUCAGGAGAAGCUGCUGAAACGUUUUCCAAAUUUCAAAAUAACUGUUGCCAAAAAGGCAGACUCCACAUAUCCAAUUGUUUCGGCGGCCAGCAUAUGCGCCAAAGUAACCAGAGAUCAUGCCCUGAAAGUCUGGCAAUUUCCCGAGGGAUUAAUCAUCAAGGAUAAUGCCUUUGGCAGCGGUUAUCCCGGUGAUCCGGUCACCAAACGUUUCCUCAGCGAGCACAUUGAUCUGGUCUUUGGUUUUCCACGACUCGUCCGAUUCAGCUGGUCCACGGCGGAGAAUGCUCUGGCCGACAAGGCAUACGACAUGGAAUUUGAUGAACCCGACUCGGAGAAACCGAAAUUCGCCGGAGGAACAAAGCUAACCAAGUUCUUUAAGGGCACCACA